GGUGAAGCGGCCGCCGGGCUCUCCACCUGUCUUCAAGGCACGGUACGUUGCUCGUGGUUUCAGUCAGCGGCAGGGAGUUGACUACUUUCAGACCUUCUCUCCCACCCCGAAGAUGACUACUCUUCGGGUGCUGCUGCACAUAGCCGCUCAGCGCGACUACGAGCUUCACUCUCUCGACUUCAGCACUGCGUUCUUGCAGGGUAGCCUGCACGAGGAGAUCUGGCUUCGCCGUCCACCUGGCUUCACUGGGACUUUCCCUCCUGGCACCCAGUGGAGCCUCCGACGGCCAGUCUACGGUCUCGGCCAGGCACCGCGUGAGUGGCACGACACACUGAGGACUACGCUUGCGGCUCUUGGGUUUGCUCCCUCUACUGCUGACCCGUCGUUGUUUCUGCGCACACAACACCUCUUUGCCGCUGUUCUACAUCCUCGUUCACACAUGGUGCAGCAGGUCCUUCAGCGCUUCGGCUUCACGUACUCCUCGCCUCAGGCCACUCCUCUGUCUACUCGCCACUCGCUCUCAGCUCUGCCUUCGGAUGAGUCCGUAGAGUCGAGUGGUCCGUAUGCAGAGCUUGUUGGCUGCCUCAUGUACCUGAUGACCUGCACACGACCUGACCUUGCAUACCCUCUGAGCAUUCUUGCACGCUAUGUUGCUCCUGGGAGACACAGACCAGAGCACAUGGCUGCAGCGAAGAGGGUAUUGCGCUACCUGUGCAGUACGUCGGGCAUGGGGCUAGUGCUUGGAGGGCGGAGUCCAGUGGUCCUUACCGGCCACGCGGACGCUUCUUGGGCUGACGACCAGGCUACGCAGCGGUCGUCACAGGGUUACACCUUCAGCCUUGGUUCCGGCUCUGUCUCGUGGCGGUCUACUCGCUCGUCCUCGGUUCUCGGCUCCAGUUGUGAGGCUGAGAUCUACGCCGGGGCCAUGGCUGCACAGGAGCUUCGCUGGCUCACCUACCUGCUGACUGACCUUGGAGAGGUGCCUCGUUCUCCUCCAGUGCUGUACGUAGACAACAAGGCCAUGCUGGCCUUGUGUCGAGAGCAGCGCUUGGAGCACAGAACGAAGCACAUUGCUCUCCGCUACUUCCUUGCUCGUGAGCUGCAGCAGCGUGGUCAGUUGCGACUUGCGUACGUGGCCUCUGAGGCCAACACUGCUGAUGUGUUCACCAAGGCACUCGCGCCUUGUGACCAUCAGCGCUUUUGCACCCAGCUGGGUCUUGUGCCUGUCUUGCCUCACUUGCUCUCCUCUUGA